CACUGAGGAGUGGAAUUUGACAAGGCUGAAACUACAUCGGAACUGGAGCAUUAUUUGUCCGGAUGUCGGUAGUGACCUCCGCAGUUGAACUCAAUGCCAUCACGAUUUCUCCGUGUUACGAGCAUCAGACCACAAAUUGCCCAGUAUUGUCGGGGGCGACUACCAUUCCUUUCUGUCCUUUAACAUGCUAGUCCUAAUAUCAAACCCUCUCUGAGCACCUCUGGACACAUUUCCGACCCAGUAUCGCCAUGAGAUCCUCCAAUCUGACCCGCAGUGUGUUCCGAGCACUCAUCGCCAACAGACCAUUCACCAUUCGGGACUGUCCAAGACGGGCCGUCCAGAGACCUCGAAUUCGAGUCCUCGCAACUACCUACAAUGCACAUCAGAAACGUACCUUCCUUGGAUUGAACGUUGCAGGCGGUCAGUCCAGUCUGCAAGGUGCAAAAGUCACGCCUGCGAAUCUUGAAGUUGCACUUGGGCGGCUCGUGGACUUGGUCAGAGCAAGAAGGAGCAACUCCAGGCUACCAGAGGAUGCCCAGGCCGCCGAUGCCUUUAGGUUUCUUUUCGCUUCGAGGGUGGAAUCGCCCCGGACGUUGACGAGGAACGAGACCUUUCUUGCCAUGGAGACAUUCAAACAUCUACAGGAGCGUGGACAUGUCCUGUCUGGUGACGAAACGACGGGCUUAUCAGAGGAAGAUCUACACAAUGUGUUGUUGGCAUUAGCAUCGUCGACAGGAAGAGACAGGUAUCGAAGUGAUGCGAGGAUUCUGGCAACUCUCGUCUUUGAGGCACUUAAAGGUCGUUCAGCCGCAGUCGAAGACUUGCACUUGACCCCGGAACCAACCCACAAUGUAGUGAGAGGCUCGCUGUUGGUGACCUAUAUCACUGUCUUGUCGAAAACAGGCUCCGCCAUCGAAGCCUUGGAGCUUUUGCGACAAUCCUCACAAAGCAUUGAACGGGAAAGUCUUCCCAUGUGGACUGCAGUGCUUAGGGGCUUAGCCAAUGAAGGACGAAUGCAGGACUUCUGGAAGGUUGUCCAAGAAGUGCAGAAAGAGCUUGGACCCUUUGAUGCCAUCUCACAAGAGACGCUGGUUACCUACUUCGCUGAGCAUGGAGAAAUGCACACCUUGCAAAAGCUCUUUGACAUACCACUUGAAGAGGGCCAGGUUCCAACGACUACUUCGCUCGUCAAAGCUGUAGACUGUGCAAUGCAAGAAGGAGAGACAGAGUGGGCAUCACACCUUGUCCGCCGACUAGAGGAACGUACCGACUCUGGAGAUAUGGCUGGAACGCUACUUUUGUGGUACGCUCUGCAUGAUCCCGACGUGAGCCACAUCCGACAAAACCUGGAGCAAAUGGCGAAGUCAGGGGUCACAGAUGCACUUACCAUGAAGACUCUCAACCGAUUGAUCGAUUACGCUUACUCACAAAAUCAGCCCGAUACUGCUGUCCAGUAUAUGCGCCUAGCUGAAAGUCUCGGGUUGAGGCCCGACGCAAAGACAUUGUCUCUGAAGUUGCAUCACGAGCUCAACCGAGGUGAUCGCGACGCCGUUUUUCAGACUUACGAAGCUCUAAUCCGGGAGGACAUCCCGACGGAUCGAAGCGAGGUUCCCGUUCUCAACAAAUAUAUUGCUUCAUUGGCCUUUUCGGCAAAUCCUGAGUACUCGCAUCUAAUGCAGGUUGUCGACCACGUUCUGGAUACUGGAGCGGAUCUUGAAGCAGAAUCGAUCGCCGGUCUGUGCCAUGUCUUUCUCCAAGUGGACGAGUUGGAGGAGGCAAUGGGACUUCUGCGCCAUCGCGUGGACUCGUUUCCGAUGGAUGAUCGAGCACGCAUUGCUGCAGUGUUUCGACAAUUUGUCGAAGAUCCCACCGUCAAAGACCAGCGUGCAUUCAACGCUUAUGAGUUGCUCCGUCAUGCAUUUCCCGAGAUAGGAGUCGAAGACCGCAUUCCCUUGAUGCAGUCAUUCUUUGAUCGCGGACGUUCGGACCUAGCAUGCCUUGUCUUCGGUCACAUGCGUCAGCGAGAGGACCCCGAGGCCCGCCCUACUCCGCAAGCCUAUGGAAAAUGUUUCGAAGGUAUCGCCAAAUGUAAAGACAUUGACGGCCUUCAGAUGAUAUACAACAUGCUCAAGCUCGACCUUGAAGUUGAACAGACUACUCGUAUACACAAUGGCUUGAUGGCUGCUUAUACGGAGUGCCAGCAGCCCUUUAUUGCCAUAAUCGACCACUUCUGGAAAAUCAUGAGCUCGCGCGAAGGUCCGACGCUAAGUUCAUUUGCUCUUGCUCUUCGCGCAUCUGAAAAGUGGGUGCCGCAUGGCGGACACGAAGCCAGACAUAUCAUGGCAUUGAUGCAGAGCUUCAACCUCAUCAUCACGAAAGAAAUCUAUGACUGCUACAUUGGUGCUCUGGCUGGCCAAUCCGAGUUUGAAAAUGUUGUCGAAUUGAUCGAGAAGAUGGAAGAAGACAUAGGCGAGCCGCCUGAUGUCAUGACGAUCGGGACUUUCUAUAACGCUAUACCUUGGCAAUAUCGCAAAGACGAAGUCGAGGCUUGGGCUAAGAGUGCCUAUCCCGAGCUUUGGUCGGAGUUGGAGUCGUUCGGUGAUGAGAUCGACGAGGAGUGGGAAAUCAGGUAUUUCAAGAUUGACAGGUCAAUUGAUAUGGAUGAUGACCUGCUCUUCGGCCCAGGCGAGUAUCAUCCCGUGCUCGCUCAAGAGCGCCAAACAACGCUGGAGGCGCCUAAAGUGUAAGGAUCCAACCUUGGUUUGUGCCCUGCU